CAGAACUGGCAAAUGAACAUUGUAUCCAAGAGCAUCAUUGACCGCUGAGGAAUAGAUAAAUUCUGGUGAAGAUCAUUAAAAUCCACAAUUAUGGAUAACUUACGUUUUGCUGGAGAUGAUGAUGAAGACCUUUACUCAGGGUUUGAUUUAGUUCAUCCAGCUCUUGAUACACGGCAGCUGGAUACUGAUCAGGGUUUUCAAGAAGCUGUUCGUACGAGUUAUGGCAGACGGCCACCAACUCAGAGUCGAGCCCCCACAACAGCUGCUCGUCUCACUUCUACUGCUGGGCUUCGGAUAGGGACUGGCCAAGGUACUGGGUUGGUACUAAAUAGCUCAGUGGGCCAAGUUGGUCCAGGAUCAAGUGAUGGACUUAAAAGACCAAUGACCAGCAUGAGAGGAACAGGUUAUACAUCCCAGUCAAAUGUGUUUGAUCCCCUUAAUCAAGCAAGCAAAGGACCUGCUCCUGCUCUUAUUUCAAAGACUGAUGAGAGCCCAGAAGAAAAAAUAAAGUCACUUGAACGUCGAGUAAUGGGGCUUAUUGAAGAGUCCUGCAUGGCAGCGUCUAGAGGAGAAAUUCGCCUGGCCCUUGACAGAGCCAAAGAGGCGUCUAGUAAAGAAAGAUCUCUCAUAAGGCAGCGGGAACAGGCAGGAUUGUCUGAUGGACACAAUUUGGAUCUCACAUUCUCUGUACUUUUCAAUUUGGCUAACCAGUAUGCUGCCAAUGACAUGUACACAGAAGCCCUAAAUACGUAUCAGGUUAUUACAAAGGACCGUAUGUUUAACAAUUCUGGCCGGCUUCGAGUCAACAUGGGCAACAUCCACUACAAAAUGGGACAGUAUAAUAAGGCCAUAAAAUUCUAUCGCAUGGCUUUAGAUCAAGUUCCUAAUACUCAUAAAAGUAUGAGGAUAAAGAUAAUGCACAAUAUUGGUCUGGUGUUUGUCAAGAUGGCACAGUACUCUGAGGCAUGUACUAGCUUUGAAUACAUUAUGCAGGAGGAGGCAAACUUUAAGACUGGGCUAGAUUUAGUUACAGCAUAUUAUGCUCUUGGAGACAAGGAAAAAAUGAAGAAAGGUUUCCUUCGCUUGCUUGAAUGCCAGUUAGAUAUUGAUGACGAUGAAAAGUACACAGCAUCAUCAGAAGAUACUCAGUCCAACCUGAUUCUUGAGGUCAUUCGCAAUGAUCCUCUUCGAAAGAUGGAAAGGCAGAUGAAGCAAGAGGCUGAACGUUCGAUACUUACAGCUGCAAAGCUCAUUUCACCGGUCAUUGAGACUACCUUCAGUGAGGGUUACAACUGGUGUGUAGAUGCAAUCAAGAAUUCUCAGUAUGCAGACCUUGCAAAUGAUUUGGAAAUCAACAAAGCUGUCAUGUUUUUGAGGCAAAAGAACUUUAAAGAUGCUGUUGAAACCCUCAAAAUGUUUGAGAAAAAGGAAACAAAAGUAGCCAGCACAGCUGCUACAAAUCUUUCCUUCCUGUAUUUCUUGCAAAAUGAAAUUGACUUGGCUGAAAAAUAUGCCCUCAUGGCAAGGGAUUCCAAUGGCUACAAUGAUUCUGCCCUCGUGAAUUUAGGGAACUGCUGCUUCAAGAGGAAAGAUUAUGAGAAAGCUCGUGAGCACUACAUAGCUGCUUUGGACAUAGAUGCAUCUUGUGUAGAAGCUCUAUACAAUCUUGGACUAACAAACAAGAAACUUGGACGUUACGAAGAGGCACUUGACUCCUUGCUGAAAAUGCAUGCCAUUGUUCGCAAUUAUCCACCAGUAGUCUACCAGAUUGCCAGUUUGUAUCAAGAGCUUAGUGACAUCGACCAGGCUUCUGAGUGGUAUUUACAAUUGCUUGGUCUGGUUCCAACUGAUCCUCACAUCCAUCAGCGAUUGGGCCAACUUUUUGACACAGAAGGUGACAAGCAACAAGGAUACCAAUAUUAUUUUGAUUCUUACAGAUAUUUCCCAAGCAACCUGGAAGUGAUUGAUUGGCUGGGAUCCUACUUCAUUGAGCACCAGGUUGCAGAAAAGGCAAUUAGUUACUUUGAACGAGCUGCAUUGAUGCAACCUGAUGAAGUAAAGUGGCAAUUGAUGGUGGCUGCAUGUCACAGACGGUCAGGCAACUACCAACAGGCAUUGCAGACCUACAAGCAGAUCCAUCGAAGAUUCCCAGAAAAUAUAGAGUGUCUGAAAUUGCUGAUUCGACUCAGCAGUGACCUGGGAUUAAAGGAAACAGCUGAGUAUGCCCAAGAGCUGAAGAAGGCCGAAAGAGCUCAAGAGCAGCGUGAGAGUCGAGCUGCCAGUGGCUCUCGUCCUGGAUCUCGAAGAUCCUCUUCUCGGGCUUCACGUAGUGGCUCAGCUGCCUCUGGCCACGAGGAACCAGGGGCUUUACCUCCCAAGAGUCCAGGUCCAGGUGCUAGAGCAAGUUCCCGAGGUUCUCGCAGUAUCCCAGGCUCGGCCAUGAGUGGCAGAAUGACACGCCUUUCACUUAAUGAUCUUGAUGAGAAUGAGCCAUUUGUGCCAUCUAACAAAGAAGUUGACAGCAGCUAUGUGGAUCCCUUAGGCCCGCUGCAAGAACGCCCAAAGACAAGCUUGAGAAGAAAACAAGAUGAGGAUGACUUUGCUGAUGAGGAAUUGGGUGACGAUUUGUUGCCAGAAUAAGUUUUAGUUUAUGAUUUUUUUUCUCUCUCUUUUCUUUUCGUUCUUUCUUUCUUUCUAUAUUAUAGUAUUAUGUAAUUUAAGUAUUAUGAUUAUGUAAUAUAUGAUUACAUAGUGUUAUGAUUAUGUAAUUUAAGUACAAAAAUGGAUGCACUUUUUUAUUCUUUUUUUCUUUCUUUGUUUUCUCAAGGAGGUCUAUUAGAUAAGUCUUAUAAACAUUUUCAUAUACUUUGUACCUCAAAUUUCUUAGGAAACUAAUGUCACACACAUAUUGGAAAAAAUAGGAAUAUAUAUAUUCUCAACAGGCUCUACCACUGUAACAGAUAUACUUUUCCGUCCAGCACAGUGUUUAUUCACAAGUGCAUAAUAUGUGAUAUAUUUUUUGCUAUUGUAGUGUAUAAUGACUUCACUCUCUAGUCAGUAGUAGCAAAGAGUGUCUAGAUAUCUGUUUUUACAUAGGAGUAAAUUAUUAUAUAUGCACCUUUAUCUAUGUAAGAAUGAAUUUUACUAGUAUUAAGUAUAUAAGAUUACUUAAUCAUAGAUCAUCACUUAUUUUAUUUUAUUAAGUUGAUUCUUUUGAAUUUCCUAUUUUCCAUUUCAGCAAUAUGUGAUUUUGUAGUUAUUACCCCCCCCCAAGGAAACCAAUUUAUAUAAAAUAUUUAUUUAAAAGAAAAGUUGUAAGACUAUAUCUGAGUGCUAUUUAGGUAUUACUGAAUAUGGAGGGUGCCUUAACUUUUUUGUGCCUGCAGUGCUAUUUUCAAAGAUUUAUAUCCAUUUCUUUGUAUUCUGUUUUUAUUGUGCAAAUGGAAUUCUUAUAGUUCAGAGUUUAACUAGCCUGCACAACUAGAUUUUGUAUUGCAUAAGCUACAGAACAUAUAUGCACAAUUCACAUCUAUUAUUUAUCAUGAAUAUAUUUAAAUCUGAAGUAUAGCUAGUGACAUUGAAAAUAAAUAUCAAGCAAGCCCUUUCAGAAGUUCCUGUAAAAGCAUAAUAUAUAAUUGAAAUGUUAUUGCUUGUUUUUUUAACCAUUACUGUAUGUUAUUUUUAUAUCAUAGAAAAAUAUUUUAUGAACAUUUAAUUCCACUGUGUCAUAUUAUUAGAUAUAUUAUCCCUGAUGAAUAAUAUUAUACUUUCCACAUAAAAAAAUAUGAUUAUACUUUCAAGCAAAUAUUCUAUGAUGUUUUUUCUCCCCCAAUAAGUAAGAGAAGGUGCAUUGUUAGAUACAGGAAGGUGUAAUAUAAUUGGAAUAGCUCCUCAAUACAUUAAAAAAAAAAUGCUUAUAAUCUCUCAUUAAGUGUACAUUUUUCAAACUUUCAAAAAGCUAAAUUUUGGAGAGUUGAAACAGGAAUAUAAGGUAAAAUUAAAAGGUGUCCUCUUUCAAAAAAAAAAAAAAAAAAAAAAAAAAAUUGCUUACAACCCCAGAUUCAGAUUUUUUAAACUUUCUUUUACCAUGGUAAAAAAAAGUUCAAUUUUCAAAAAAG